AUGCCCCGAACUCGUCCGAUUAUGGGCAACCUGGGGCGCAGGCAGAGGUCCGGUCCAAUUUUCGUUGCUGAUUGGUGCCAGUUUGUGUUGCUCCAAUUUGUGCGUACCGCAGCGAUAUUGCUGGAUCAAAGCCCGGGAACGAGUCCACCCAGAGAUGAUGUGGACCCAGAGGGUUGCUCUUUGCAUGGUUCGUCCGAGAAAGACCGUCCAUUAAAGCACGGCUUAGCUGCAGAGAUGCUUCUCGGGAGCCACGGCAGUGCUCCAGACGGGGAAUGCGCCGGCAGGAGAGAUGCAGACAUCCAAGCCGAAGCAAAACAUCUUCUGAGCUCAUGGCUUCGCCACGAGGAGGACUCCGCCGACCUUUUGCAUCGCAGAACACAGUCUGAUUCCAAGCUCCGGCCAACCAGAGACUCUGCAGACUCAUUGUCCAUGCCGGCGCUGCUGAAGAGCUCUUCACGACGGACCUCCACGGACCUGUACAGGAAAGUCGAAGGAAAGUUGAAGGAAGUUCAAGGCCAUGCAGAUGCAGCUUUGGCAGCGGACGUAGACGUCGCACUGCGUUGCCUUGCGAACAGGAGGAUGGAAAAGGCAGAGGAGCAGGCACGUGCCAGCGCAAAAGCCUUGAGCCGGCCCAGCAGUAAGCCACUGCCUCCUGAAAGGGAUCCUUUUCUGCGAAUGGAGGCGCGCCACCGUGCACUCGAAGAGCGCCGCCGUACUGUGGAGCGCCGAAGCGGCAGCGGCACUGGCGGUGCGGAGCAGGCUCGUGAAGCCAAGGGUCCCCCUAAGCCGCCGAGGAUGAUCCGUCAGCGCUCCAAGACAAGGAAGAGCACCAGCGGAGGGCGGCAGAAACCAUUGGAGGUCGCUCGAAGUUGUCAGGACCUGGAAUCAGAAACUGCCAGUCUUGAUGCAGAAGUGGCGAAAGCCAGGGAGGAGAUUGAGCGGGAGGUCAAGGCAGUACGCGAGCUGCAUGCAGCAGAGCAGGCCAGAGCUCGAAAGGCGUCUGAGGUCAGGAGCCUGGAGCAGCAGCUGGAAGAGGUCCAGCAGCAGAAGGACGCGGCCAAAUCAGCACGGCGUGAAAGAGCUGGGGCGGAGUUUGGCUCUUUACUGGACGCUCUCUGGCAGAGAAUGAUGCGGGCGCACUCCCGCUGGGCAUUGCAUCACCUAAGUGACGCCAGCAAGAUGCUGAGGAGGAAGAGUAGGAUUAUUUCCAGUGCCCACUGCACGUUCGUCUUAUCGGCGUGUGCGCGUGUUUGGCGUGAAGUGGCUUCAUCUGCAAUUGCGGACCGUCAGGCUGCACAGCACGUGGAAGUCAUGCGUCGAGCACGGGAGGGGGCUCGGCUGGCAGAUGCUCACUACAUGAGGCGCUUGGCUUCCCGAAGCUGGCUUGCAUGGCGACUCGAAGUCCAUCACGUGCAGACCGAGAGAUCCAAAAAGGCAGUCUCUGCAAGAGCCUCUGCUUUCCUGAAUGCCCUCGCCCUUUCCGCUGACACCGACCCUUCACAGGCGCAAGUGGCCCCAGAUGCGGCAGAGCAUGUCGAAGCGUCCGAAGCUGCAGAGGCAGUGAUCUCGAAUCAGGUUGAAGAUGGCCCGCCAGAGACCAGCCCGACUGAGACUAACACAGAGACAGCAGAGCAGGCCACACCGGUACAAGCUUGCAACUCGCGUGAGGCACGUCCUGCCUCUCGAUCACGGGAGCUGCGUGCAAUAGAGAGGCGUGUGCAAGAGAGACGGAAAGCACAGGAAGAGAGGCGGCAGCAACGACAAAAGAGACAGGUCGAAGAAGCUCAGCAAGAUUGUGUGGACAGUGACAGGUACCAGCAAGCAAUUCCCGAUCCCGCAAGACGCCAACAGGAGGGGACGCAGGCGGCUUCCGCACAUCCCGGUGCCCAACAAGAGGGGUGUGGUCCAAGCCUUCCACCUGUGGCCAGCAAUAGCCAUGCAAAGCCAAAGGCCUUGCGAGAGAUGGAGAAGAGGGCGGAGGAGCGACGCCUUAUCCACGAGGAGCGGAAGAAACGCCAGAAGGAGAAGGAGGAGGAACAAAAGCAGAAGCAAGCUGAGGAGGAACAGGAGAAGCGCCUGGCAGAGGAGCAGGCCAAGCAGGAGCGCCUGCGCUUGCGCAAAGAGCAAGCCCAGGAGCAGCGACGCCUUCGGGCACAGCGGCUUGUCGCAGCCGCAAUCAGACGAGAUCGUGAGCGUCAGGCUGUGGAACUCUACAGGCUUCAUCAAUACAUUCGGGUUUGGUGCGCCAUGCGCCAGGCCGUCAGUCAUACGGCCUUUUGGGACCUACUCGCCUUGAACCGGUGGCGGACAGCUUUGCUGAAGACUUGCUUCACAAACUGGCAUCGGUAUCAUUUGCAUGCUGUAGCGGCGAAGUCAGCCGCACGACUUGCCCGAGCUCAUUUGGCGGUGACCUGGUUUGCACGGCGCUUCGCCUUUCGAACGCUCGUGUCGUGGCUGAAGAAACUUCAAUUGGCCAAGCUCCGGCAGUAUUGGGCAGCAGUUGCGGCUUCGCGGCGGUGGUGUCUCUGCCUUUGGCUGAGAUGCUGGGCACUAUGCUCUGCAGAGUCGGCUUUGCAAAAGACAGCCACCGCUGUGCGACAACAUGUGCAGCUUUUGCUGAGAAGAAGCUUCUCUUGGUGGCAGACUGGUCUCAAGCAGCUACGCGUGGAAAAUGCCAUGGAGUCUCACAAGAGCGCUCUGCGAGACAGAAUUUCCAGCUGGUUGCAGGAGAUGGAGGACGAAGGGCCAAACAGCCUGGGAAGUCUCCACAUGCCGAAUUUUCAACUCUUGAAUGUGCAGGGAGAAAAGGGCCGCGGCUCGCGUGGAGCAAGUUUGAGAUGGGCUCAAUGGCGACGUUGCCAGAAGAAGCGCCUCCGGCAUCGACAAGGUCCGCCGUUGCGCAAGCCUGAUUGGCCGGCACGGCCGAGGCUGGCCAUGCGCCGCGCGGGCUUGCUGCAGCGCAGAGAAGUUCAUCAAUACAAGGUCAGCUACGUCUCUGGCCGCUCGGCGUCUUUCCCUGCGCGCUUGCACCGGUACUACAAACAGCGUUAUACGCUCUUCUCCAGGUACGACCAUGGCAUCGAGAUUGACAAGGAUAUGUGGUAUUCAGUAACACCAGAGCCGAUUGCCAAAGAGCAGGCUCGAAAGGUGGCAGCUGCACAGAGAGGCCAGCCAGGAAUCGUUGUUGACAGCUUCUGUGGUGCUGGCGGGCCUGUCACCCAAAUCGGAGUGCUUGCGUAG